CGGGCAUCAAGUUGCACUUCUCUAGCUUGGCUCCGUGAGAAAUGAGCCCCUUUAUCUCAUCAGUAGUGCAGUGGACCCUUCCGGAAAUUGUGACGUGUGUUCUGGGCAGGGCUGAGGUUUUGGAACUCUUUCUAAAAGGGACAGAAAGCACCCUGCAGCAUUUCCUAAUCGUGAGGCUGGCGUGCUGGAGAGAGCUGGCCACCAUGCAGGCGGUGUCCGAAUGUGGCAGGCUGGUCCUGGCCCUCACCCUUGUCCUGGUUUUGGGAUCUUCAGUGCAAGGUUAUCCUAUGCGGAAAGCCAGGUACCAGUGGGUCCGCUGCAGUCCUGACAGUAAUUCUGCAAACUGCAUUGAGGAAAAGGGGCCAGAGAUGGACAUACCUACAGAUGAGUCCAACAAGAUCCUCCCCCUAAAGAUUGACCCUCUUUUGAUUCCAAAAUACCACAACUUGAAUGAUGUCGUCCCUCUCUCCGAGGACUAUCCUGGCUCCGGUUCUGGCUCUGGCUCCGGCUCAGGGUCCGACUCUGGGAGUGGCUCUGGAAAGGACCCCACUGAAACAGAAUGGGACUACCAGCCAAUAGAUGAAAAGGAUGUUUUCUAUUACAACUUCAAGCGUCCCAUGAAGAAUCUGCUCCCCGACAACCAGGCCUUGGGGCAAGAUGAUACAGAAGAGGGUUUUAUUAUAUAAAAGUUAGGGUUUCCCCACCUUGACACCAGGCAGUGUACGCAGUAUAUUUUGUAUACCAUGGUUAAACCCUAACUUUAGUUAGGAUUAGUCUUGGGUAAAAGAGUUUUAUAGAAAAUUUAAAACUUCUAAAAAAACCUUUAAUUUUUAUCUCCUCUUUCUUCUUCUUGAAUUCUUAAAGAUUACAUUUUAAUGCUAUUAUCUAUCCUAGUGUUCUAGAAAAUACCUGCUUUUUUUUCUGAGUAAGGCUCUUGCUGUGUAGUCCAGGUUGACCUCAAACUCACAGCAGUCCUCUUGCCUCAGCCUUCCAAGUGCUGGGAUUACAGGCAUGUGCUGCCACUCCCCGCAUAUUUUGGUAUAAUAUUGGACUAACAUCAUUGAGAAUAACUAGCCUCCCAUGUCUAUAAAGCUGAAUUGAAGAAGAGUUUUUUUUUUAAGUUUCAGUUUGAGAAGCAAGUUGAUUGGCAGUGUUUCGCACCCAUGUCUUUAGGAACUUGAUUCUGAUUGGGAAUUAUAGUUAUACUCCUUUACUAAUAAUAAAAAGUUCAAAUACA